AUGGCACUGACCCAGAUCGAGGUCCUCGUCGCCCAGAACACUAGCGAAUCGAAGGAUGAAUCGAGUAGCACUCAGACUCCCAUAUCUCUAGAGACGGGGGAUGAUCAGGACAGUAAGUCCUGGGAUCCCACCAAGCUCUCAUGGCCACGCAAACUACACAUCAUCUGUGCAGGCUUCACAUGUACAUUCAACGGUAACCUGGGAUCCUCCAUGCCCUCGGGGGCCCUUGACGCCAUCUCGGACCAUUUCAAUGUCACCAACGAGCUCCACCUGACGCUGCUCAACUCCCUAUACAUGGUCGGCUACGUCCUCGGCCCUCUGGUCUUCGGCCCUCUGAGUGAGUACGUCGGGCGGAGGCCGGUCCUCGUUGGAACCUUUCUCGGCUACCUCACCUUCAUGCUCGCCUGCUCCGGAGCGCCGACUUACACCGCCCUGGUCAUCUUCCGGCUCCUGUGUGGGAUCAACGCCGCGGCGCCGACCACUGUCAUCAGCGGCCUCUACUCGGACAUCCUCGACGAUCCGAGCCAUCGCGGCUCCGCCAUCGCCCUGUACAUGACCGUCACCUCGAUCGGUCCCCUGGUCGGCCCCAUCAUCUCCAGCUUCUCCUCCCAGAAGUCGUGGAGGUGGCCGUUUUGGGCCGCCGGCCUGAUUGCUGUUCCAGGUCUGCCCCUGGUCCUCUCCCUGCCGGAGACCUUUGCCCCUGUCCUGCAUAACAGGUGGGCAAAGAGGCAACAAUGGAAGAGGCGGGAUGAAACGGUCAUCCAGCUUCAUCCGUUCAACGUCCGCAAGAUCUUUCUCCGCCCCUUUACCCUCAUGUUCACGCAGCCCAUCGUCCUCUUCACCUCUCUUUACCUCACUCUGGUCUAUUCCCUCUUCUACCUCAUGUUCCAGGCGUAUCCCAUCAUUUUCCAGCGUAUGACUUAUCCACCCCUUCUUACCAAGCAUGUCGUUGUCCAGCAACUCUCUGACGUGUUUGCAGAAUUCUAUGGUCUCGCACCUGGUCCUGCUGGCCUUAUGUACCUGCCUAUGGCCGGUGGCGUCAUCCUAUCCUUGUUCCUGUUCCAGCUCUAUGACCGGUGGCAUCUGAAGGCCCUGGCCGCUGGAAAGGAAUGGGCACAGCGGGAGAUUUACCGCCGUCUACCCCUGGCAUGCUUUGCCUCUCCAUGCAUGGUCAUCUCCCUCUUCUGGUUGGGCUGGACACCCAGUCACAACAUACCUCCGAUCGUCCCCGCCCUUCACGGCAUCUUCUUCGGCGCGGGCUUUCAGAUGGUCUUCAUGGGCAUGGUCAACUACCUCACAGACGCCUUUCGCGACCAGUCUGCUUCGGCCAAUGCCGCCGCAAGCACCACGAGAUCAAUAGGUGCCGUCGUCUUCCCCCUCGCGGCUCAUCACAUGUAUUCCAACCUGGGCAUCCAUUGGGCCCCCUCCCUCCUUGGCUUCGUUGCCCUUGCCAUGGGGGCCAUUCCAUUCCUGUUCAUAAAGUACGGUGAUAGACUUGUCAGAUAG